CAAACGAGGACCACCACAAGUUCACGACAACCACCGCUACCGCCGCCGCAGAUUCAAUUUGGAAAUGGCGAACUUGGACGAACUCUUAUCUUCCUUAAUAUCAGACAUCCAUUCCUACACCGGCAAAGACCCUCUUCUCCCAUGGCUUCGCGCGAUCCGAAAGAUAAAGGAUACCCUUCCUCCAAAAAUCCUAAAGGAAAAACUACCGGCGUUCUUGCAGAAAUGUGCUCACACCUUCGAGCUCGAUCGACGUUACAGAAACGACAUGCGCUAUAUUCGAGUGUGGCUCCAUCUGAUGGAUUUUGUGAGUGAUCCAAAAACACUUUUGAGUACCAUGGAGCUUAAUCGCAUUGGGACAAAACGUAGUGAAUUCUACCAAGCCUAUGCUCUUUACUACGAAAAGUGCAAGAAGUACGAUGAAGCAGAGAAAAUGUACCAUCUGGGAGUGAAGAACCUUGCAGAACCUUUAGAUAAAUUGCAGAAAUCAUAUGAACAAUUUCUUCAACGUAUGGAGCAGCGAAAAAGUAAUAAGAGAACCCAGGAUCUCCUGAAGCAUCAGGAAGCAAAAGCUGCCAGGAGGCCUUUGUCAGCAAAGAGUUCCGAUGACAAGAAAACAGAGGGAAGCAAGAAAUUUCGUGGUGAUGAUACAGUUGUAGUCAAAUUUGUUGACACUGCCAUGGUUGGAAAGUCUGAAGCAGAAGAUGCAUGCCAUCAUGGAUUGGUGGAUCCUACAAUAAAUAUGAAGGAGGCCAUGAAUGCCAUCAACAGCAUGUUCCGGGAGCCAUUGGAGACUGUUCCAUUGCGCAGGAAAUCUCAUAAAAACCAUUCAAAAGAAAGUCGUAGUACAAAGAACGAGUUUGAGGUUUUUGUUGAUGAAAACCUGGAUCAUGGAAUCAAAACAUCCGGUUCAUCAUCACUUCAGAAAAGGACUGAAGCCAGCCAACCUCACCAAGAACCGUUCCAGAUAUACAUUGAUGGUGAAGAACAUUCUGAGACCAGUAAUGCGAAUUUGUCUGAAGGUGGUUCUGCUUCAUCGGCUUCGCAAUCAAAUGGCUUCGUUUUUCUCCGCCCCAAGGAUAUUACUUCUGAAAAAUCUAGUGACAUGGAUGCUGACAGCCGUCGUAAUUCAAAGUUCAGAGAGGAUACAGUCGUUUGCAAAUUUGUUGGUUCCACCAUUUUGGAUGAACCAGAGGUGGAAAAUGUUUGUCACCACGGUUUAGUGGACCCCACCAUCAACUUGAAGGAAGCUAUGGAUGAUAUAAAUAACAUGUUUGGGAAGCCGAUAGAUUUUGUUAGGAAAAGAAGAAUCACCAAGCAGGAGAAAGCACCCCAGAGCAAUAAGGGAAAUGACUUCGGUGGGUUUUCAAUCCUUGCUGACGAUGACCACCUGGAACAGCAAGUUCCACCACCACCAACACGGAAAUUGCAUGGAAAGUCCAAGGAAUCUGAUUUGUUUGAGCCAACUCUUCUCACAAAGGAAGCCAUGGACGAUAUAAACAAAAUGUUUAACAUGCCCCUGAAUUUUUAGUAAUAAGGUAAUUUUGAAUGCCACCUCUGAUUUCUAAUAUGUAAGCAGAAUUUGAUUCUGUUUGAAGUAUUUGAGUGAAAGGUUUCAGUUGUUGUACUGAUUUGAUAAGUUUUAGCAUACUUGCAAUGUCUAUGGAACUUAAAGCUUGGAAUGUAGAAAACAAUU